GGUACCCCCAAGGCCAGUUAUCAGUGAUCACUCAGCCCCCCCACUUUCACAACGCUCCGCGGCCCCUGCUUCAGACUUCCUACACAUCAGACUUUUGCGCCGUGGUUGGGGUGGAUGGGAGUGGGGAUUGCCACGGGCCCAACGUCCUCGCCCCACACCGGCGUUUUGUGAGAGUGAUUGGAUCUCGGCUUCAGCUCAGCCAACGUCGGUCACAUUAUCCGGACAGGCGGCGGGGCAUCAGGAGUUGAUGUGAGGCAUCGGCCAUGCUCUGGAAUCCUAGUCGGCCGAGCAGCGGGAUCGAGGAGGCAGCGCCCGACCCGGCGAGUAGUGGUGUCGGUUCUUCCAGCGGCGAGCGGAGAUCCAACCACUAUCUUCUCCCAGGAUCCAACCACUAUCACAAAACGCCGGUGUACGACGAGGACGGGUUUUCGUCAUCUGGUACAGUCCUGACAAAAUUGGGAAGUGAAUUGAGGCAUUCUAGGAGCGAUGGCUAAUUUUAGCAACAUGUAAAUUGAAGCCAACCCCACCCGGAGCGCACUAGUUCUUUUUCAAAGAAGAUAAUGAAUAAUACUGUAAUCUUUGAGAAUAACACCUGUGAAAUUGAUGACUUCAAAAAAUAUACCUACCUACCAGUGUACAUCAUAACAUUUGUUUUAGGAUUUUGUGCAAAUGUCUUCUGUUUGUAUGUAUUUCUGAAGUUGUACAAGAGGAAGACUGCAUUCAGCAUUGUCAUGGUGAACCUUGCAAUUGCAGAUCUACUCUUUCUUUGCACGUUGCCUUUGCGUGCCCUAUAUUAUUUGCAAGGCGGCUUCUGGAACUUUUCACAUUCCUUAUGCACAUUCAUGUCUUAUGCAAUGUACCUCAAUAUGUACUGUAGCAUCUACUUUCUAACUCUAAUGAGCAUCUUGCGUUACUUUGCUGUAGUGCAUCCACUCAAAUGUUUGAAGUACAGGAGUACCAAGAUGGUUCUGAUUGUGUGCAUUUUCAUAUGGGUAUUUUUGGGCAUAUUGGCCAGUCCUUUACUAAAGGAUGACAGUAUCACCAAGGAAAAUAAUAGAACAUGUUUUGAUCCCGAGGAUAAAUUUAAUUUUAAAAUAUACAAAAUGAAUUUAAUUUCACUGACAGUGGGUUGUAUUAUACCCUUCUUUAUUAUCACCAUCUGCUACAUUUUUGUUGUUAAAACUUUGCUAACCUCAAAGACAGAGCACGAAAAGCAAAAAAUUUCCCACAGAAAGGCUAUUAUAAUGAUUAUCAUCGUCAUGGUCAUAUUUCUAGUCAAUUUUCUACCCUAUCAUAUUUUGCGGACUGUCCACCUUCAAAUUAAGCACCCGCACAACAAAAACACAACCCAUGAUCAUUGUUUAAUUCAGAAAACUGUGGUAGUUACUCUAUGUGGUGUAGCAAUCAAUACCUGUUUGGAUCCCCUUUUAUAUUACUUUGGAGCAGAGUCCUUCAGGAAUAAACUUAGAAACCCGAGUACACUGAAUAGGCAAAUCUGAUUUUCUCCUAUAAUUAAUUAAUUGAAAGUCUGACAUAGUGUGUGGGAUUUCUCCUUAUUCUACCAUAGAAAGCCAAGCAUCAAUUUCAUUGUACAGGUACUCUGUUUCUGACUUGAAACAAUUUAUUUUAAUGUACAGUCAUGGUAGCUCUGUAGUCAAUGUACAGUCAUGGUAACUUAUCAUUGAAUCUCAUUCGGCAAUAUAAUUCGAGACUAACAGGUUACUUAAGUUAUUUUUAACUUUUGAAAAUAGAAAGCUACAAAGCUUUUAUGUAAUAACACUUGUAGAAUAAGUUGUUUUAUAUUUUUCCUUUGUAAAAAAAAAAACUGGCCAGAACUGCUUGAUAACCAUUUUGAUACAAAUACAUCGAUAGAUGCUCCUGAACACAUCAUCAGUGAUGUAACCUGGGGUCAUUGGGUGUUUCGGGUCUUUCAACAUCAGGCACCCUCACCCAGGUGACCCAGCCGUGGUCGAUCAGACCACGACUUGUGUUUAAGUGGCAUUCGCUCCUCCCCAUGGACCUCCUCUCCUGAUCCAGAGCCAUCUCAAGGCCUUCUCCGGGGGUAUAUCAAGAAUGAAGAACUAACGGAAAUACAGACUGGUUAAAAAAAAGUACGAGAACUUGGUGAGACUAAAAGCUGACAAAGGCCAAAGACCUAAUGAUCUACAACUCAGAGUUUUAAAGAGGUGUAUGUAGAGAUUAUGAAUGCCUUGGUUAUCAUCUUCCAAUUUUAUAUACAUUUUGGAAUUGUCCCAGAGGGUUGAAAUGUAGCAAAUGAGAGAGAUUGCAUAAUGUUGGUGCUCAAAAAGACAUAUGUAUCCUUGAGCACUAAUCACUAUUAGGUGGAACAAGUGAUUAAGAAAACAAAUCGUAUGUUUCCCUUUAGUUUGGGAUGAUUUGAACACAGGAGCAAUGCAAGGUCUCACAGUCUCUCUGCAAUUAGAAUUCUCUACCCUGGGGCUCUGCUGGCUCAGUUAUUGAGUUCACAAAGUUCGAUAGAUUUCUAGAUCGUAAAAGAAUGUGGGGAAAGGACAGGAAAAUGAUGCUGAGGGAGAUCAACCUUGAUCUUGAUGAGUAGCAAAGCAGACUCAGAGGGCAAAAUGUUCUAUUCCUGUUUGUUAUCAAACCUUAUUUGAACGCACCCAAUUUUAAUUACCUCACCACUGAUGGUCAUGCUUCCAGUUGUCAAGAUCCUAAACUCUAGAAUUUCUUCCUAAAACUUAUCUGCCUCUCUACUUUCUGCUUCCUCAGAGCUUACUUGUGAAACUGAUGAAGCCGAAUUUUAGUUAAAAAUAUAAGAAGAUAUUAAAUUGGCUUCUGGGCUAGCUUACAGCUUUUAUUUAGUGUCAAAUUAGGCUUUCCUCAGGUUGUGGUGUGUGAGAUAAUAAAUCCUAUAACAUUGUCUCCCAAGUGACAAGCAGAGAGGAGAAGCUAGAGAGAUCUAUUUGAUGUAAGAUGUCGUAAACCAAAUGGCCUAUGUUUAUGAGGGACCAAGUGACAGAGAGGAAGCAGCGAAAACAGCUAGGGUGAUCUCUUUGGAGAUAAAAUGACCUAAAAGAAAUGGCCAAUGUUUUUAGUAUAUCUUGUACCAUGUAAACAAAAUGCCUUUGAUGUGAUGCAUUCUGUGGAAACCUUUUCCUGACCAUGACUAAUGUCUGUGGAAUGUGCUAAGGGGACAAAAAAAAACCCUAUUUAAGGCAAUGUAAUUCUGUUGUUCAGGGAAGGGGACCGAGGACAGUCGAGUGUCUACAUUGGUCACUUAGCUGGAAUUCUCGCUCCCUUCCAUCAGCCGAUGUUAAGUAAAGUUUUGAACUGGUCUACCAAACAGUUUGUGUGGUGUCUGUUUAUUAAGAAGCGAACCUGGUUUAGUAGUUAUAAAAGGAACUUUUUCAGAACAAAGUUUUAGUCAAGCCUCUUAACAUGAGUAUAUCUGGCUCAGUUUGUAACACUACUUUGAAAUGUUCUAAUUGUUAUAAAUAUUAUAUAAAUAAAAGUUGUUGUCACUGUUACUGACAAUAAAAUAUUUGGAAAAUUUACAAU